GUCAUUUUAUGUUCUUCAAAAGGAUCAAUGCACAAUUUGCAACCAAUUUUAUAAUAGCAUUGAUAAAGAUAAAUACAAUGCAAGAGGUAUUUAUUUAACUAUAAAGUAUCAUUGAAUUUUUUAAAUUGUUUUUCUCGAAAAUACUAAAAUAAAAAUUAAUCUCUUGAAAUUGUUUUUCUCAAAGACGCUAAAAGCUAACAUUUUUUGUGCAGUAAGCCAUCGAUUUGUUGAUCUAUUGUACGAUUUGAUAUUAUAUGAAACAUAGAAUGUUAAAUUUCGUUUGCACUAAAGGAAAUUGUUAAUUUUUUUAAUUUAAACAUUUUAUAUUAUAUAUUAUGAUAACAUUUUACGCAUUUGCAUGUAUUUUAUUUCACAUAUUACAUGUUGUUAUACAUAUGUAGACACAUAUAUACUUAUAUUGACAUAGUAUCAUAGAUCUUCACGUGGAUGUAUGACAUUAUUGUGCAAUAGACAAUAUCAUGUAAAAUAUAAUAAACUUAUUUAAUCUUUAUAUGAUCUACAUAAAAUUUUAUUGCGCAAUAAGUGUUAUGUUCGUGUAUAAUCAAAUAUUGUGGUCUAUAAUUCUUUCGAUCUCCUUAUUGGAUAUUUAUAUAACCUCAUAAGUACGAUCUUUUGAAGGUAGUCAAAAAGAUAGAUAUAUUAUUCUUAACAUUUUAUAUAUUGUUUGCUUUAUGAAGAUAGAAUUGCAAUAGUUACAGAAUGUCUGUGUUUUACCAAUGCAUUAUUUGUCAGCAUCCAAAUGCUACUGUCAUAGAUUUACAUAAUCAUCAUAUCCAACAUCACAAUCCAAUAGAGUUAUCGCAAACUAUUAUUAAUCUUCAAGGCUUCAAAGUUUUGAAUGAUAUGAAAUAUACAAAAAAAAAAUAUUUGCAACCUAUAAAUUUAGGUGAUAACAAUAACAAUGAAAAUAUAUACAAUCAUGUUUUUAUUAAACCUGAACCAAAAUAUAAGUAUAAAAAUGAAGCAAUUAAUUCACCAAAAAAAUUCACCCAUGAUAAUUGUUCGAUAAACUGUAGUCAGUUUAUUGCUUGGGAACGUGAAUUGUAUCAAAGAAAAGAAAUAACUGAUGAAGAAUUUUUUAAUAUCACUGAAAGUCUUUGCAUUGAUCUAAAUAAGAAGAAGCAUAGAGGAAGGAAGAAAAAAGAUAAAACAGGUGUAGAAGAAACAAAUAUAAGAAAUAUGUUACAGCAAAUCAAUACAAUUAUAGGAAUAGAAAAUCCAACUGUAAAACAAGUAAAGACUGAGCCUUGUGAAACAGCAACAACUUCAUUUUGGAAUAAUAUAGAUUCCACCAUUAAUACAACUAUUAAUGAAGAAUUCCUUGUACCAAAGAUAACAAAUCCAAUAGAAAAUACUGAAAAAAAACAGUUUACAGCAUUGGAAGUAGUUAACACUAAUACAGAUACAGAUGUUUUGACAUAUCAUUCAUCAUGUAAUAACUUUCCUUGGAAUUCUAUUAUUACUGUGAGUGCUGAUGAACAAGAAAUGUCUGUUGAUGGAAAAAAUCUUUACUCUCAGCCAGAGCAAAUUGACAUUGCAAAUUUUCUUUAAACAUAAUAUUUGUGUUUUAGUUAUAUGGAAAAUUAUAAAGACUGAAUGAAGUACAAAUAAUACAAACAAUGUCUUUUUAUAUUAUUAUGAAAUCUGAUUAGUUUGUAAGUUUGUUACUUUCCAGAUUUAUGUUUGUGUGUAAUAUGAAUAUAGAUAAAAAAAUUUUUUAUUUUCUUUUUAUUAACAAAAACAAUGUUUUAUAUAAAUGAGCAUAAACAA